AUGUUCCGUCUCGCGCGUCGUUGUUUCAGCAGCUUGCCCUCUGCACGCCAAUUCACCAUUACUCCCGAGAUUCAAAAAGCUCUUGCUGCCAAUGGACCUGUAGUGGCACUGGAAUCCACCAUUAUCAGUCAUGGAAUGCCGUACCCACAAAACGUUGAGACUGCACGUGCAGUGCAAGAUAUUGUAAGAGACAACGGUGCCAUCCCUGCUACUAUUGCUAUCUUGAAGGGGCGUGUACAUAUUGGUUUGGACGAUGAUACCCUUGAAACGCUUGGCAAGCUUGGUGCUGAAGCACAAAAGACUUCACGACGUGAUUUGGCAUCCGUGGUUGCUCAGGGAAAAUCGGGUGCAACAACGGUGGCAAGUACCAUGAUUCUCGCUCGCGCUGCUGGUAUUCCUGUUUUUGUCACUGGUGGCAUUGGUGGUGUUCAUCGAGGAGCAGAGAGAUCCAUGGAUAUCAGUGCUGAUCUAAUGGAAUUGGGUCGUACCCCAGUGGCUGUUGUUUGUGCCGGUGUCAAGAGCAUUUUGGAUAUUGAAAAGACCCUUGAAGUGCUGGAAACUCAAGGUGUAUCCGUGCACACUAUGGGUGAAUCACAACAAUUCCCUGCCUUCUAUACACCCUAUAGCGGCUUCAAUAGCCCUGGCCGUAUCGCAACUGAAAAAGAAGCUGCCAAUGUUAUCUUGGCCAACCACAACCUCGAAUUGAACAGCGGCAUGGUCUUUGCUGUGCCUAUUCCAAAGGAUGAUGCAGCCGAUGCACAAGGUAUUCAAGAUGCUAUUCAAUCCGCCAUUGCCGAAGCUAGGGCUCAAAGCGUUCAUGGAAAGGAUGAGACGCCAUUUUUAUUGAAGCGAAUUACCGAACUCACCAAAGGACAAUCAUUGGCUGCUAAUAUCGCCUUGGUCAAGAACAAUGCUCAAGUCGGUGCCAGAAUUGCUGUCGAAUUGUCCAAGCUUAAAUCAGCAUGA